AUGGCACCUUACAAAACACUUAAUGGUCGUAGGUGUCGCACUCCGUCAUGUUGGACUGAGUUGGGUAAAGGGCAUGCUCUAGGUCCAGACUUAGUAUCUGAUACCGAGGAUAAGAAGAAAGUAUUGAGAUUUGGGCGUAAGGGCAAGUUGAACCCAAGCUUUAUUGGACCUUAUCGCAUUUUGAGACGAGUGGGACCAGUUGCCUACCAGUUAGAGUUACCUUUUGAAUUAGAGUGGAUUCAUGAUGUGUUCCACGUCUCUAUGCUGAAACGAUACCGCUCUGAUACUACACAUGUUGUGCUGGUGGAGGAGAUUGAAGUUAGACCUGAUCUGAUUUUCGAGGAGGAACUAGUCCAGGUUUUGGAUCGUGAGAUAAAAGUCUUGAGGAAGAAAUCAAUCCCAUUAGUGAAAUUCCUAUGGCAGAACCACAGUUCUAAGGAGGCUACGAAUGUGUGUUUGCCUGAGUGGUUUAGUGCUUUGGGAGUAUCUGGGAAGUCUUGGGUUCCAGCCUUGGCUUGA